GCGGCGGCGCCGCCCCGAAGAAGGCGGGGUCGUCGUGCCACCAAUGCGGUACGGCCAAGAGGACGAUGGUCAAGUGCGGGCGGUGCCGCCAGAAGAUCUACUGCACCUUCUGCCUCAACAAGCGGUACCGGGAGCUAACCCUGGCCGAGGUUCGAGCCGAGUGCCCGUGCUGCCGCGGAAUCUGCAGCUGUAUACGGUGCAAGGCCAAGCAAAAGCAUAAGGACGUAAGGCCCGGCUUUAUAUGUGAAGCCCCAACUGCCAAAGUCAAGCAGAGUGAGCCCAAGAGCCCACCUUUGAGAAAAUGUAAGAUUGGUAGAUCGUCUGCAAAGAAAAAGAAGGCCGAUCCUGCUGGUGUAGAGUCGACCAGUGUUAGUAACGGGGUGGCUGCAAAGAGAAAGAAGGACGAUCCCGCUGGUGUAGAGUCCACCAGUGUUGGUAACGGGGUGGCUGCAAAUAAAAAGAAGGCCGAUACCGCUGGUGUAGAGUCGACCAGUGUCAGUAACGGGAUGGCUGCAAAGAAAAAGAAGGCCGAUCCCGCUGGUGUAGAGUCGACCAGUGUUAGUAACGGGGUGGCUGCAAAGAGAAAGAAGGCCGAUCCCGCUGGUGUAGAGUCGACCAGUGUUUGUAACGGGGUGGCACCAACCGAAGCAAAUGACAACUCCUCCCUAGUAAGCUCUAAUGGGAUUAAUAACCCGUCUGUCAAAUCAGAUAAGGUAGAUACGUUGGGUGUGGCAGCUCAAGAGGAGGGUGGCGCUGAAAGUAAAGUAAAAUAUGCUAGAUAUCUAUUGCACUACCUGAUGCCUUGUCUGAAGGAGCUAAACAAGGAUCAGAUGGCUGAGAUAGAGACAGAGGCUAAGAUUCUAGGGCUGAAAUUGUCUCAGAUGAAUGUGGAACAAGCUGACUGCCGGAAUGAUGAGAGGGUGUUCUGUGACAAUUGCAGAACUUCAAUCUUUGAUCUGCAUAGAAGCUGUCCAAACUGCUCGUACGAACUAUGCAUUGCAUGCUGUAAGGAGCUUCGCGAAGAGGAUCAACAGGGUGGCACUUGUCGGGAAGAGCUGGUGUCUUACCCUAAUAGAGGAUUCGACUAUAUGCAUGGUGGUGAUCCAUUGCCCGAGUUAAUAAACUGCGAAGGAACAGACUUGUCCAGUUGCCAGCCUAAGAGUAAAAAGUGGGUUGCUUCUCACGGGAUUAUUCGUUGCCCUCCAACUGAACUUGGUGGUUGCGGUGAGCAUGUUCUUAAGUUGAGGCAGAUCUUUCCAAAAGAUUGGUUAAAUAAGCUCGAUUUAAAUGCUUCGUGGUUGAAUAAGAAGUUAGAACCUUCUAAUAUUGUAAGCGGAGAAUGUCCCAAGUGUACUAAAAAUGAAAAUUCAAGAUAUGCUGCCACCAGAGAGAAUUCAACAGAUAACUGCAUAUACUGUCCAAAAUCAGACAAUGGGGAGGCGGAUGAUCUAAAGCACUUCCAGAGCCACUGGGUGAAAGGAGAGCCUGUUAUUGUACAAGGGGUACUACAGAAAAUGCCAGAUUUGAGCUGGGAGCCACCACAUAUGUGGUCUGCAGUACAUGGUUCUAGUACCAGCUCUGAUAUGAAAAAUGUGAAGGCUAUUGACUGUUUGUCUUGCUGUGAGGUUGAGAUAUGCACACAGGAUUUCUUCAAUGGAUAUUAUGAAGGUCGGAUGUAUGAAAACCACUGGCCCGAAAUGCUUAAAUUGAAGGACUGGCCUACUUCAAAUCAUUUUGAGGAGCUUUUGCCUUCGCAUGGAGCGAAAUACAUCGAUUCUCUACCCUUUCAACCAUACACAAACUUGAAAUCUGGUUCUCUAAGUGUUUCCGCAUUACUUCCUGAUGACAUUCUAAAGAUUGAUAUGGGCCCAAAGUCAUACAUAGCUUAUGGCUGUACCCAGGAACUGGGCAGAGGAGAUUCUGUUACGAAGCUUCAUUGUGAUAUAUCUGAUGCAGUUAACGUUUUGAUGCAUACUGCAAAAGUUGUCCCUUCUGAAGAACAACAAGAUGCAAUACAAAACUUGAAGGCAAGACAUGAAGCACAGGAUGAAAAGGAUUGCUGUGGGAAUUUUGCAAUUAAUAGAAAUGAUAAAUGUCAUAAAAGCUGUGUGGGUGAAAAUCAUGCAUCCUCUCUUAACUACAUCGAUGAUGAAGAGGGAGGUGCAUUAUGGGAUAUUUUCAGGAGGGAGGAUGCUGAAAAACUGAAAAUGUACCUCUGUAAACAUUCAAAGGAAUUUCGCCAUAUAUAUUGUUCUCCAGUUGAGAAGAUAUUUAACCCUGUACAUGAUGAAACAUUCUAUCUAACCGAGGAGCAUAAAAGGAAACUUAAAGAGGAGCAUGGAAUCGAGCCUUGGACAUUUGUACAAAAACUUGGAGAGGCAGUUUUUAUACCUGCUGGGUGCCCUCAUCAAGUACGGAAUCUCAAGUCUUGCACGAAGAUUGCUAUAGAUUUUGUAUCACCGGAGAAUGUCAAGGAGUGUCUCAAGUUAACUCAGGAAUUUCGCAAGCUUCCUAAGAACCACAGAGCAAAAGAAGAUAAACUAGAGAUAACUGCUCAAACCACGCGGCCUAAUAGAGUGUCCGGCUAACCGAGCCCGUCCCUGCUAUAAUGGGCGCCCGUGACAGUGGGCUCCCCGUGGGCGCACCGGAUUUAGCGGGAAGGCGGCUUGGGAGUGCGGGUCAUGUCAGUGACAACACCACGGUUGGUUCAUAUUCUCACAACUUUUAUCUCUAUUUUAUUCUUUUGCCGCGAUUUUCAUUUUAACCCGCCUAUCCCUACUCUUUCCAACACAAACCUCGUCGCCACUGCUGCGCACUUGGCCCUCGUAGCCAUUGCGCUGAAAGAUCCCAAGGCGAUGAUGAAGGUGGCCGACAAGAAGGACACGAAGGCGCCCUUCCACAAGCCACACAAGGCGCCGCCAAAGACGGAGCUGGAAUCAUGGUUGCAAGAAGCUUUAGAGGCAGACGUGGUGCGUCGCAAGUACGAGACAUUGGUGCAGAAAGGUUGGCG